UCUGUAUAUCUUCUUGAGUUCUAACUUUCCUGUUAUGAACUGUCAUCGCACAGCUGAACAUCGGUCGGGAUUGCGUGACUGCUCCCAAUUGCUGAACUUCUCUGAUUUUCAGCAUCGUGUAGCAGACAGCCUAAGUUCCAUCUGUACGAUCUGCAAUGGUUUUUUGACACGUGCCACACUGACCACCUAACCUCAACGAUGGCAACGUCCAUUCCAUUUGCCGUUCGAGGAUCAACCGGAGUGCAUGUCGCUCAAGGUCCGCCGGCGUUCGGUACUGUUGACCAGUUUGUGCCCAUUGAUACUAAAUCUUGUCGGGCAAUAUGUUUUUCACCAAAUGGUCAAUACAUGGCUACUGCUUCUGGGCAAACACUGAAACUGUGGAGGACAGAUACAUGGACUGAUGUUGCUACCAUUGAGGGCACCAAGGCUUACUUCCUGGUGUUUUCUCCCUUGAGUAGAUAUCUGAUGACAUGGGAGCCUUAUGAGGUCAGCAAGGAUAAACCACAAGGUUCUCCAAAUCUACAUUUGUACAAGUGUGAAAAUGGAGAGUUGGUUAAGGGAUUUAUGCAUAAAUCACAAACUAACUGGGAACCAAAAUGGAGUGAUGAUGAGAAAAUAUUUUCAAAGUUGCAAAAUAAUGACGUAAUUUUUUAUGAAGACUGCAAUUUUGAGAAUAUAAUCUAUCGCAUCAACUGCUUCAAAGUGGCGUCCUACUCAAUCUGUAGCACUCAAAAUGCUCAUCACGUGAUCUGUCACAUGCCUGGCGGUAAAGGGCAACCGGCAUUCGCUCGGCUUUUCGCAUAUCCCAAAUUUGAAGCUCAACAAGCCCUCGCAUGCAAAAGUUUCUUUAACGCCGACAGCGUCGAGUAUUUCUGGAACAGCAAGGGAACACAUUGCAUUCUCUUGACUACCACCGAACAGGACAAAACCGGAAAGUCGUAUUACGGCAAGCAAAGUCUGCAUUUCAUUGGAAUCAACGGUUCCACGAACGUAAUAACUCUUGCCAAAGAAGGCCCGAUAUAUUCUGUGGCUUGGUCACCAAAAGGGCAUGAAUUCUGCGUGGUUUAUGGUUUUAUGCCAGCCAAGGCUAGCAUUUUUAAUCUUAAAUCUGAAGUCAUUUUUGAAUUGGGCACAGGGCCACGCAAUGCAAUUUAUUAUAAUCCUCAUGGCAAUAUUUUAUUACUUGGCGGCUUUGGCAACUUGAGGGGUAAUGUUGAGACUUGGGAUAUAGUUAAACGUAAACAAAUUGGUACCUGUGAUGCAUCAGAUACUACCAUGUUGGAAUGGUGCCCUGAUGGGAUGCAUUUCUUAACUGCCACUACUGCACCACGUUUGAGAAUUGGUAAUGGUUAUAAGAUUUGGCAUUAUAGUGGUGCGUUAAUGCAUGAGAAAGACGUCGAGGAAUUGUAUGAAGUUAGGUGGAAAAGAGCCGACAAGACAACGUUUAAAGAGCCGGUGAUCUCGACUGAUAAGGUUGAGAGUAUAGCUACGAAGAAGGUGCAAGCAUCAACGCAGGCCUACAGACCUCCAUCGGCUAGAAAUCGUCCGGGGGUGAUAUUUAAUUUACACGAUGAUCAUGAACCGGCUAAACAAGCAAAAGAAUCUGCCGUGUCGAAGAACGCUUUAAAACAGAGAAAGAAACGCGAGGCAAAGAAAGCUCGUAAGGACGAAGAGAAAACCGAUGAUAAAACCGAGGAUCCUAAACCACAGGCUAUCAUCAGUAGUGUACAAGUUGUUCUAACAGGAGACGUCGAGAAAGACAAAAAAAUCAAAAACAUCAAAAAAAAAUUGGAUGCAAUUGAAAAAUUAAAAGCAGACAAAGCUGCUGGUAAGCCAUUGGAAAUAAAUCAACUCUCAAAGAUUAAUGGGGAGAGUGAUUUGCUGAAGGAACUUAAACAACUGCAAAUCUAAGUCAAAACUUCUGAAAAUCGUUCAUGUUCAACUUCAGGCAACGUAAAUAUAUUUUAUAACACAAAUUAAAAUAAACAUACACAAAACGUAUCUGGAAUUAUAAAAAGGCGACUUAAUGCAAUUAAGAAGACUUUGCAAUUAAUUAUAUUAUAUUUGUUUUACAUAAAGUGUGUUUGUAAAUGUUUUAUUACUAAUUGGUGAUGAAUUAUAUAUGCGUUUUGUUAUGUUUGUAAAUUUGCAACGUUGUUACCAGAAUAGAAACAACUUAUUAGGGAUGAAGUUUGUAAAAAUAAGAGUGACAUUUAUGUGAUGAAAGCUCUGGGGGUCGACAAAAGGCCAGAUGAUUUUUUUAUAAUAAAAUCCAUUAGAAGUUA